UGGUGAUUCAUCGAACUCAUCUAUAAUUGCAUCUGUUGAUAUUCCAACCGCAAUCUCCUUUUCGAUAUAAAUUAUGAGGCAAUCCCUUAGAAAUCCAUCUUCCAUUUUAGUCUGAAGCCUUGUCUUCACAAGUUCCAUGGCAGAAAAUGCAUGUUCUGUCGUCUCCGUUGAAACUGGUAGAGUAAGAACAAGUCAAAUCAGUCUGUUCACGAAGAAAUAGUUACUCCCUCCGAUCCAAAUUAUAUGUCGCAGCUUUAGUACAACUUUGCACCAAAGCUGCGACAAUUAAUAUGGAUCGGAGGGAGUGGUACUUUUAGCAAUGAUUAUACCAACUACUUCCGUGGUAGGUUUGAGGCUUGGAGACAAGGAACUAGACACCUAUGUGAACAAAUUUCUCCAGUGUGAAUGCUUAUAUUCUACUGAAACUGGAAUCCUGCAUUGCUACGUGCUUAUUGUUCCUGGAGUAGGGACCCAAAAGAUAACAGUUUAGCCUUAAGGUGUGAUUCCUUUGUGUUAAGUGUAGUUAACACCUAUCAUGGUUAUUGAUGUUGAGCAAUCCCUAAAUAAGAUCCCACGCUCAAUAGCUAUAGCAACGGUUGAAUGCUGUAAUACCGUAUUGUUAUGUCCUCUAUUUCCUAUACAUUAUGUGAAAAAAAACUAAUCUCUUAUGAAGUUACUUCAUUUGUUCCAAAAACCUUUUUUCGUAAAAGGCAAGAGCUCUGACAUGCAAUAUAAGGGGAAAUAAUACGUUGUGUACAGGGAAGCCCAAUGCCAAAGAAAGACGAGAACAACAAGAACCAAAAUAGGAAAAAUAAAAACCUCUGAACUGGACACAGCUGGCUUGGAGAGGCGAGCCAAAACAGCAGGCCUAUGUCAUAUACUCGUAACCGUAGGAAAGAGCGUCAACCUGUGGGAGGUGAUUGUUAAGCUUCAUUCACUAGCCAACUCAUCCAAAAGUCCAAACUUAUGGAAAGGGCUAGGCAAUCCACAUCAACACCCCCUCUCACAUGUGACACGUGAAGUCAACACGUGAAUAGACUCAGAGGUAUGGCUCAAGAGGCCUAUACGUGGACACAGAGGGGGGCAGCAGAUUUUUUUUGAUAAAUUGUGAAAGCCAGGACUUGAACUCAAGACCUUAGACCCUGAUACCAUGUUAAGCUUCAUGCACUAGCAAACGCAACCAAAAGUCCAAACUUUUUGAAAGGGCUAGGCAAUCCACAUACACACUUCAACAGUGAUCGCGUCUCGAGUGAUGAGGUCUUGUUAUGUCUCUUCGAUCUCUAAUGCAAAGCUUUGACUGCAGUUUCCAACCAUAAUAUGUCAUAAAGAUAACAAAAAGUGCAUAAUAUGCAAGAAAAAUCUAAUGACAUACUCCCUCCAUCCCAAAAUAAGUGUCUCAACUUAGUAUUUUUAGCUUUCGCUGUUUGUUCUGACGACACCAAAUAUCAGUGUUGUAUCUGCUUAUUCAUUGAGGCCAUAUGUUAUACUUCCUUUUUUAAAACAGAAGGUUAUUGUUGUUGAGAAAUAAGCUACCGUGGAGAAACCCAUAUGCCACAUGUUUUAGUAGGUUAGAUAUUCUCUUGUCUGUACUAAUAUGGGAGCCGUGGUGCUGAAAACAUUGCCAUACAUGUGUCAAGCUACCGCAUUUAUACAUUUGGCUGAAUAAACUGGUUAUCUUAGGAGUUAGGAUGAAGUCUAAGACGAAUAGGGGCAUACAGAAGGCAGGAAGAGUAGAUCAUCUCCAAGGAGGACCAAACUGGAUUCUUGUUGCCGGAGGAGUUUUACUAAGCACUUUCUCCGUCAAACUUGGAUGCAAAUUAAAGCAAAUGUUUGAUACGAAGCAGCAGAAUGGCUUUUCCAAAGCCGAAAGUAGGCCUGGAGGAUGUGAAUUGCACUCAAACCUAUGCAGGUUUCGUGGCCAAACUAGCUGCUACUAUUGUAUUUCAGGGCAUUCAGAUGGUGGAGUGGAAGUCAAGCAUCCUCCUGCAAGUCCAUCAAAAUCAGCUGAACCCUCGCUUCCACUUGUGAAAAUACCAGUGCAAGAAUCAAGCAAGGACAACAGUGGCGUCAUGUGGAUAUCAUCACCUGACCGCCUUGAAGAUCCUCGUAAACCAUUUCAGUACUCAAACAGUUCUGGCUCCCCACGUGUUUCAGAGUCAGGAUCUGACAUUUAUAGCAAGAGAGAGGUCAUACAGAAGCUGAGGCAGCACCUGAAAAGACGUGAUGAGAUGAUCAUGGAGAUUCAAGCUCAGAUUGCUGACCUUAAGAACUCUCUUGCCAUCCAGGAGAAGCAGUCGUCUAAUUUGCAGUCUCAGCUGGAGUCUGCUAACCGAGAUAUAUUUGAUUCUGAGCGAGAGAUCCAGCAUCUGAGGAAGAUCAUCACAGACCAUUGUGUUGGCGAAGCACUCUCUCACGAUAAGCCGUUGCAUGUUGGACACUGGCAGUCAGAUGCCACCAAUGGGCAUGCUAAUGGCUACGCCAAUAGCAGCGUCGGUGACCCUGAGCUGCAUUUUAUUGGUAUUGGGAAGAAGAAAGAAGAGUUGGAGAGGAUGGAGAUGCUCAAGAGGGAGGUGGGUGAGCUGAAGGAAGUUAUCGGAGGGAAAGACUUCUUGCUUCACAGCUACAAGGAGCAGAAGGUCGAGCUCUGUUCUCAGAUCAGGGAAUUGCAGGAAAAACUCUCCUCGCAUGUGCCGAACAUAUUGUAGGAUCUACUGGUAAUGUUCGUUCGCCAAAGGAGCAGCAGCUGUAGCCCUGUUCCCAUGCGGUCUUGCACAGGCCGAAUCUGUCGGUGCACAGGCCGAACAUCCUAGGGUAUUUGCAGAAUGUUAGGCUGAUUGGUUUCUUUCUUUCUUCUUGGACCUAGGGUAGCUAAAUUAAUGGGAAGUUGAUACUCCAGACUUACGGUGCUGUACUUUCUUUUUUGGUUUGCAGGCACCUCUGUGUGAUGUUUAGAGAAAUAUCCUUUCCUAUCUAAUGUGUGGUCGGUGACAUUUCUAUGUAACUUUUUUCAACAAAGAGUGGAUUUUUAUUGGCUUAAAA